AUAAUUGAUGAAUAUAUAUGUCCAAUUUGUAUGGAAACAUAUUAUAAAAAAGAAAUUUAUCAAUGUAGACAAGGUCAUUGUUCGUGUAAAGAUUGUUGGGAAAAAUCACUUGAAAGAAAAAAGGAAUGUAUGCAAUGUAAAACCCAAGUAAAUUCUUUUAAUGAACUCUCAAGAAAUAGACAACUCGAGAAUUUAUUAUUAAAAACAGAAGUGUGUUGUCCAUAUUCAUUCGAAAAUAUUAUUAGAGUAGAUGAUAGUGAAGAAUUAAUUAAAGAUAGUAAUGGAUGUAAAGAAAUUAUUAAAUUAGAAGAAUUAGAUAAUCAUAUUGAAAAUUGUAGUUUUAGAUUUGUAAAAUGUAAAUAUCAUGAAAAAGGAUGCAUGGAUAAAAUCAGGUUCAAUGAAAAUGAAACCCAUAUUUCCGAAUGUGAAUACCAACCAUUAAUUUGUAAAUAUUGUUAUGAUUUUUACUUAUUAAAAACAAUCGAGCAACAUUAUCUCGAAUGUCCCUCAAUGUUAAUAGACUGUAAAAAGUGUAACAGAAAAAUAAAGCGAGGGGAAAUGGAUAACCAUUUAAAUAAAGAAUGUCAAGAGGUAAUUAUUUCAUGUAAAUUUUUAAAAUUUGGAUGUAAUGAUAAAAUAAAAAGAAAAAAUUUAGAAAAUCAUUUAGAACAAACAAACCACACAAAACAUUUAAGCACAGCAAUUGAACAUUUAAUCAUUAAAAACAAUCAACUUUCAAAUAGUAUUGAUGAAUUAACUAAAGGAAAAGAAGAUAUAAUCACUAAAAACAUUCAACUAUCAAAUAGGAUUGUUGAAUUACAAAAAGGUAAGGAAUAUAAAAAUAAAUGGAUUAUUUCAAACUAUUCCAAA